AGGUCAUGCAGUCAGUUUCAGUCUUUCCACUCAGAAGACCUGAAUCCUGUUUGCACUGAGCCACAGGAUGACACCCUGGGCCCAUUUCGCUCCACUCCUGGUGGGCCUGUUGAUUCUCCGAGCUGCAGGUCAGGAGGCUGAAAACCCGGAGUCCACACCACCUCCACCGGGUCAAGCCUCUGAUGGCAGCACCCAGGCAGGGGAUGAGAGCGAGGACUGGGGAAUGAACUCCCUCAGAGGCAGCUUUGAGGCGGUCAGCGGCUACUUUGACUCGAUGCUGGAGUUCAUGGGUGGAAAAGAUGGAGUGUGCCAGUAUCGCUGCAGACAUGGUAAAGCACCUCUUCCUCGGCCAGGCUACAAGAUGCCUGAGCCUGAUGGAUGCAGCUCCUACUUCUUUGGCCUUCCUGUUCCAGAUGGGGCUGAUGUGGGAAUCCCUGCGAUGACCAAGUGCUGCAAUCAACUGGACAUGUGUUAUGACACUUGCGGCUCCAACAAGUACCGCUGCGACUCCAAGUUUCGCUGGUGCCUCCACAGCAUCUGCUCAGACCUUAAGAAGAGCCUCGGCUUUGUGUCUAAAGUCGAAGCGUGUGAAACUGUAGCCGACACCUUGUUCAACACAGUUUGGACUCUGGGCUGCAGACCCUACAUGAACAGCCAGAGGGCAGCCUGCUACUGUCCAGGAGAGGAGAAAGAUGAACUGUAAACCACGGACAUGCUGCUGCUUCAGAAGAGCUUCAGGAAAAGCACAGAGAUGCAUCACAUUUGGUGUCAUUAAGGUGGCCGUGACUGCUUGAGUAAUUUAUUUGAACCCUCUUAUCUUUGUUUUGCUAAAAUUAAUUAUUCAGUUCUGUUUUAAGUUCUGUGAGGUGACUUGUUGUCAACAUAAACAUGUAUGGAUCUGUUCUACUUAA